AGAUUUCUACUCUUACGCAAUGUAUUACUUCUAAUUUUGGCACGUUAUUUUAACGCUAAAACCGUCAGUAUCGCGGUAAUAUGGUAUUAUUCGCCUGAAUUAAAUGAGUGGGUUUCUGAUAGGAUUUAGUUUUUGGUGAAUACCAAUUGGAAUUUAGCUUCAUUUCAGUGAGCACAUUUUACUGUCAGUCGAAAUUGAACCUUAAUUGUACCGCAUGUGCUGCUUCAGCUGAGUGUGUGCCGUGCUUGUCGCGGUCAAUCGGUGCCGGAUUUGUUCCUCGUGUUGUGAUGGCUCUCGGAAGUGAAGUGAAUGAUGAGAAUUCUUCAAAAAAUACUUCUCAAAAAGUGAAAAACGGUUCGGCUAGCAACAAUGUGAAGGACAAGAGUGGUAGCGAGAAUGUUAUCAAAGCCGAGAAGGCGGAGGCCACAAAGAUGAAAAAGAACAUAUCGGUGAAGACUGCAGGGAGCAACGGGCACGCGCGCACGCCUAACGGACGCGCCGACGACGAGGGCGGUGGUAGCGCGCGCGUCUCUUACGCGGCUGCCGCGCGCAAGCCACCAUCUCCCGGUACCAACCCGGCACCGUUCCCCAUGCCCACAGAAACCACACAAAAACCCAAAAGCAAUAACGAAAAGACACAAACGAAUUCCAGCAAGUCCAAUUCAAAGUUAAACGGGGAAGAACGGAUACCUAGCGACAGUGAUGUCAAAGACGACAAGCCACGCACCAAAGAGCAAAUUGUAAAUGGAACAAAUAAAUCGCACGAGACCAUUCUCAAUGGCAACGCUAAAAAAGAAAAUUCAGAUUGUGAUAUUAGUAGUAGUAGUGAUAAUGGUAAAGUAGUUUCUAAUGGAAUUAACAGUGAUUCUGACGAUUCAAAGUCCAGCAAGUCAGACGAGGGCCAUGACAUCGUUUUACCGAAGGUAUGUCCGAAGAAAAACUCUGAAAGUAGAGUAGCUGAUAAGAAAAAAGAGAGCAAAAAGACUAAGGCAGCUGAUAAGAGUAAUGAGUCUGAAAAGAAAGUGACUGUUAUUGUAACAGAUAAGAAAGAAGAAGAUUCAAAGCCAGCGGAAACGACAGAAAAAGUAAAUGGUGAAUGUAAUAAAGUCGUCAAUGGAGAUAAAGACAGGGAGUCGACUCCCAGUGAAGACGGUGAUGACAAAAAAAGAGAUGCUGAGGUUGUUUUCAUUCAGGAUAUGGGAUUCACUGUUAAAAUUGUUAGCCCUGGAGCGGAACCAUUAGAUAUUCAGGUAUUGAGUAUGGAGCUGGUGCAAGAAAUCCAUCAGGUGUUGAUGGAUCGCGAGGAUACUUGUCACAGGACCUGCUUCUCUCUGCAACUCGAUGGCGUCACUCUAGAUAACUUCGCGGAAUUGAAAAAUAUUGAAGGAUUAAAGGAAGGAUCAGUUAUCAAAGUGGUAGAAGAGCCGUACACGAUGCGAGAGGCUCGCAUCCACGUGCGUCACGUGCGCGACCUGCUCAAGUCGAUAGAUUACACCGACGCCUACGCUGGGCAGGAGUGCAGCUCGCUCGCCUUCCUCAAUGUUAUUACACAGGGCGAUAUUCUUGAAAAGAAGAAGUCUCGCCCAGAAAGCGUGGAUUGCACGCCGCCCGACUACAUCAUGCCUGGCAGUACAGAGCGGCCAUUAUUGCCCUUGCAUCCGGGGCUGACCAAGGAGAACAAAGCUCCCCAAUGUUUGAAGGUGCUGACGACAUCGGGCUGGAACCCGCCGCCGGGCCCGCGCAAGAUGUGCGGCGACCUGCUGUACCUUCACGUCGUCACUCUAGAGGACCGCCACUUCCACAUCACGGCGUGCCCUCGCGGAUUCUACCUCAACCAGUCCACCGAAGAAGUGUUCAACCCCCGUCCCUCUACCCCGUCCCUGCUGUGCCACUCUCUCAUCGAACUAUUGAGCAUCGUGUCUCCCGCGUUCAAGCGAAAUUUCGCUCUAGUGCAGAAGAAACGCAUGCAGAAACACCCCUUCGAGAGGGUCGCGACGCCUUACCAGGUAUAUCAAUGGGCGUCGCCUGUGCUGGACCACACAGUCGAUGCGAUUCGCGCCGAGGACACAUUUUCAUCAAAGCUCGGCUAUGAAGAGCACAUCCCGGGACAGACCCGCGAUUGGAAUGAGGAGCUUCAGACCACCCGCGAAUUGCCUCGCGGUACCCUUCCUGAGCGACUACUUCGCGAGAGGGCUAUUUUUAAGGUUCACAGCGACUUUGUGGCGGCGGCGACCCGCGGCGCCAUGGCCGUGGUUGACGGAAACGUGAUGGCCAUCAACCCUGGCGAAGAACCCAAAAUGCAGAUGUUCAUUUGGAACAACAUCUUCUUCUCGCUUGGAUUCGAUGUUCGCGACCACUACAAGGAUUUAGGAGGAGAUGCGGCCGCUUUUGUAGCUCCGCGCAACGACCUCCAAGGAGUCCGCGUCUACAGCGCAGUCGACACCCCCGGCCUGCACACACUCGGCACCGUCGUGGUCGACUAUCGCGGCUACCGCGUCACCGCGCAGUCCAUCAUCCCCGGCAUCCUCGAGAAAGAGCAGGAACAGAGCGUGGUCUACGGGAGCAUCGACUUCGGGACAACUGUUCUGUCGCACCCCAAGUAUAUGGAGCUGGUGACAAAGGCCGGUCAGCAGCUGAAGAUAAUGCCUCACUCCGUAACCAGCGCCAACGGCGAGACGGUGGAACUGUGCUCGAGCGUGGAGUGCAAGGGCAUCAUCGGCAACGACGGCCGCCACUACAUCCUUGACUUGCUACGCACCUUCCCGCCCGACGUCAACUUCUUACAGCUUGAAGACGACGAGCUGAGAGAGGACAUCAAAGCUAUGGGCUUCCCUAUUAUCCACAAGCACAAGUUGUGUUGCCUCAGGCAGGAAUUAGUUGAUAGUUUCGUUGAGGCCCGUUACUUCAUGUUUAUCCGCUACGCAGCAUUCCACCUGCAACAGCUUAGCGCCAAACGCCAGCGCGACUCCGGCGACGCCAAACCGAUCGAACCCAGCAAAGAGCCAGAAGAGCUCAUGGAAAAAGAACCCAAGGAAAAAGAGCCGGAGAAGCGCGAUAAAAAGAGCCAGGAGAAAGAAGCCAAAAAGAAGGAUAAGAAGGAAAAAGAAAGUGCCAAAAAGGAAGAGGUUAAGGUUGAAAAAGACAGUGAGAAGUCUAAGGAGGAUGAUUUGUUGUUGAAUGAGAACUAUUCGGAUAUUGAUACUGAUGUCGCCAAGAAGAUUGUGGAAAGUAUUACGGAUUCCAUCUGCGGUGAUAAGGAUAAGGAAGAGAGUGACACUGGCGGACGCUCCCGCGCGGUAGUCGCAGCCGCAGCUCGCGCCGUAUCCUCACUCAAAGAAUCAGAGUUCGACGUUCGCUUCAACCCCGACGUGUACUCAGCCGGCAUCAAGCACGCCGCGCCGCCCGGGUCUUUGGCACGUCAGCGCCAUCUUGUGAAAGAGGCUGCUGCCUUCUUGCUCACUACACAGAUUCCCGCCUUCGUUCGCGAAUGUCUGGAGCAACAGGCUGCGCCCAUGGACGGCGCGGGUCUAGCGGAGGCGCUGCACGCGCGCGGUAUCAACGUGCGCUACCUAGGCCGAGUCGCCGCCGCGCUCAAGCCCAUCGCCUCCCUGCAGUACCUGCACGCCAUCGCCGUCGGCGAGCUCGUAUUGCGCGCGGCCAAGCAUCUCUACACUGCAUACCUACAGGGUUGCGAACCGAUGUGCAUCGGGUCCGGCGUGGCGCACUUCCUGAACUGCCUGCUGGGCGCGUGCGCGGCGCCGGGCGUGUCGGGCGGCUCGGCGCCGGCGCCGGCGCGAGGGCGCGGCGGGCGCGGCCGCCGCCCGCGCCGCCCCGCCCCGUCCGGCCCGCUGCCGGAGUGGCAGCACCUCACCCCGAAGGCGCUCUUCUCGCAGAUCAAACAGGAGCUCAAGGCGUAUUGGGGCUAUGAGUUAGCGGCCGAUAACAUGGACAAUGUUAUCGAAAAACACGGCCUACAAAAAAUAUCACUUCUCAGGUCCUUCGCAUUGAAAGUAGGACUCCAAAUCAUGCUGCGAGAGUAUGACUUCGACAGCAAGAACAAGGCCACUUUCUCCAGCGCGGACAUUAUGAACAUCUUCCCCGUUGUCAAACAUAUCAAUCCUAGGGCAUCAGACGCCUACAAUUUCUACACCACGGGCCAAAACAAAAUCCAAGCCGGCUCUGUAUCAGAGGGCCACGAACUGAUUGCCGAAGCUCUCAAUCUGCUCAACAACGUCUAUGGAGCUAUGCACGGAGAAAUAGCUCAGUGCUUGAGGAUGGUCGCUAGGCUAUGCUAUGUGACGGGCGAACAUAGGGACGCGAUGGCCUAUCAGCAGAAAGCCGUGCUUAUGUCGGAGAGGGUCAACGGCAUUGAUCAUCCUUACACUAUUACUGAAUAUUCGCACCUGGCGCUAUACUGCUUCGCCAACGGGCAAGUGAGCACGGCUCUCAAGCUCCUCUACCGAGCCCGCUACCUGGCGCUGCUUGUUUGUGGCGAGAACCAUCCAGAGAUGGCGCUACUCGAUAGCAACAUCGCAUUAAUACUACACGCGGUCGGCGAAUACGAGCUAUCACUUCGCUUCGUAGAGCGCGCAUUAAGCGUGACAAGCGCGGUUCACGGCGCGCGUUCUCUCAAAGCGGCUGUAGCGCGCCAUUUGCUAGCACGAACUUUGUCCUGCCUUGGUGACUUCCGUGCCGCUCUGACGCAUGAGAAGGAGACGUACUCCAUUUACAAGCAGCUGUUGGGCGAGAAGCACGAGAAGACGCGCGAGUCGUCGGAGUGCCUGCGGCACCUGACGACGCAGGCCGUGGUGCUGCAGAAGCGGCUGGCCGAGGCCUACGCGCGCGCGCCGCACGCGCACGCGCCGCCGCACCACCCGCCGCUGCACAUCCAGCCGCCCGGCAUGGCCUCCGUCAUCGACAUGCUCAACCUCAUCAACGGCAUCCUCUUCGUGCAGAUCAGUCCCCAAGACAUCGAGCAGUUCAAAGCUGAAAUAGAAAAAAGACAACUAAAAGACUUACCGAUCCCCGGGCUGGCCGAGCUCAGCGCCGGCAAGGAGAAAGCCGAGAAGACCGAGCUCAACGCCGGCGGCGACGCGCCCGCCGACAGUUGAAACCGCACCGCCACCGGGGCCGGCGCAUCCGCGGCCCACACAGGUUGCGCUCACUAGGGUCCACAGAUAAAUGGGUUCAUAGGUUGGUACUGUUCAAAUGUUAAUGGUUUACAAUCUAGGGAAACUAUAGCGGUUUGAGCGCUAUCGGUUCGGAUGUUAAAGUGACAUCUAUCGAAAUAUUUUUCGAACCGAUUUGUGUAAUGAUAACUCAUUAUCUGUGGUCCUAUUCAGCAAUUACAAGAAGGGGUGUGCGUAACCUUUCUGGAGUACAUCAUUUGCGUUGCGAUGGCACUUAUAAUGAAUUUGAACAACGCAAGUGAUAUAUUUAAAUUUGGCAACCGGUGUGGCCCGACCUUAAAUGCCUAUAAGAUUUAAUCCGGCCCUGUGAACAUUUAUUAUACAUUGUUAUUUUAUAAUUAUUGAUUGAUGAUAUUGUUCCUUAUCGAAGAAUGUAUGCCGUAGUAGAUAGCGUGCUAAGGUUUGAUGUAGAUUUUUUUAUUAGUCAAAUUUUGAUGGUAAUUAUUUCGAUCAAAUAAUUAUGCGUUAUAUUAAGUCUCGCAGAGUGCAAUAGGUUUAUGUGCAUGUGCGUACGUUGCGUAUUUCGCUCAAAUCACGCCUAAACACAAUGAUUUCGUAGGACCUAAAAUCGGCCGUUAGUUUUUCUACAUUCUUUAACAAAAAUAUAGUGUAACGGUGGUCGCAUUCGCCUACUACUUCCUUUUGUUUCUAACCAGAAAUGACUAGAUCUUCGAGAUAUUUCGGAUUACAGCAUAAAGUAAUAGGGUUCUCACUCACUGAAUAAAAUAUGGCUGGAAAUAUAAAUAAUACAUUUUUUUUACGAAAUGCAUUUUCUAGGGUAAAAUAUUAGCAAGGAGCAACCCUAAACAAACAUUUUAAUCUAUUGUCUCAAAGGUUUAUGCUUAUUAAAAAAUAGUUUAAUUAUAUUACUGGUGUAUUUAGAUGAAUCAUUAUUUUAUUUAAACCUAUUUAUAUUAUACGUUUAUGUAUUUAUUUAUGAAAAAUAUUAUCUAUAACACGGAUCACAUGUACACAGCACACACAUGCACAUCACAGCACAGUAAAUACCGUUUCACCAUUGUUACACAUGCAAAAAUUAUUUAGAAAAGUACCGACGCCGAUUUUGAGGUCCUGCAAGUCAGUGUCUUAUGUAGGUUUAAUUUUAUGCUUCCGUUUCAAAUUCACAAUUUUAUCGUUAUCCGAUGUAGUGCAAUGGAAUGUAGUGAUAAUAGCAAUAAGUUUCGGUUGUGAGCCGGACCGCUCGCCCGGUGUCCGGUCUCUGGUGCUACCGGCGAGUCCGAAGAAACAAAUGAUUUUAUGAAUUGUUAUGUCGAGUAUUAUUUCUUUACUUAAUUAGUACGGGAGUAUAUUGUUGACAUGCCCAUAGUCGUAGAAAUUUUGUUAUAUUGUCAUUGAAAUGUAACAGGAUUUGACAAUUCUGUAGGUUUUUAAUUACGUAAAAAAUUGGUAUUUGAUCAGAUUUCAAGAUUGGAUUGAUUUGUGUUCUUUAGUUAGUUCUUAUCCUGUCUGCGACGAUCCGUGUCGUUAAGGCCUAUUUAGAUUAUUCAAGAAUUCACGUACGAUUUGGUCGAUCGACUGGAUUUAUUGUAUUCUGUAUUGCAUGCAUGUUUUUGAACAGUCUAGAUUGGGCUUUAGUCAACAGUGUCGAUAGGAUUUCUGUCGACCAAAGUAAUGACUAUGACGAAUGACGGAAUAUACGCGACGUGGGAGAGCCUGGAUUGGAAUGACGUAAAUUAAACUCCGAAUUAUCUACUGAUAUAUAUUGUAUAAACACUGCCUUUGACUGUUAGCUUACUUUCAGAUUUUAGUGUGAUUAGUGCCAUAUAAGUAGUGAGAAUAAAUCUUUUCGUAAUGUUUCUGUUAGUCUGUGAUAUGAAUUGUUUUAUCAACGAGCCACUUGCCUUGCUGAUGUUUACAGUACUUACCAAUCUUCUUUAGGUAUUUCAACUUUUUAACUAUUGCUGUGUAAAUAAUACUAAUUUCCGGUUCUGACAAUAAUCUUCCGAUGAAUUGUGAUUACAUCUUGUAUCUGAUAAAUUAUGAAUGUCUAAAAUCAAGCAGAAUCAAAAUCUUUUCUUUUUUUUUAUUUCUAUUAAUUUAUCUGAUUUUUCUCAAAACUUUUUCUGUGUAAACCAAUGGAACUGUCAAUUGAAAAUAUUUAUACACAAACAAAUGCGAAUGAGACCACACUGUAUUUUCUUGAUGAUUUUUAUAAAGUUAUACCAAAUUAUGUAAUUUUAAACGGUAUCUCAAUAUUUUAGCGCAUCCCAAUUAUUGUAAUAAAUAAACAAGCUUAUGCUUAUCGAAUUUUAAGGGCCGAGAAUAGUUUUACCAAGAAGUAAGCACCAUUGCAGGUGUAACAAUCAUACCAUGUAUCCUAAAUAAUAAGCUUCUCCCAUAACUAACAAUUGAAUGUUACUUAACUUUUAAGGAAGUUGUUAGAUGAAGUAUGUGCCUAAGCAAUCAAUAAUAGUUGUUGUUGUUACAUUUCUUUAACAAUAUGACGACCAUGUAAAUACGGCGCUGUUCGUAGUAUACUAAUAAAAAUCGUUUUUAA